AUGCGGCCCUUUGAGUCCUUGCUGAGGUGGUGUCAUGUGUUUGUGUUCCGCAGGGGGCGCUGUGUUCCAGACCUGAGGUGGUGUCAUGUGUUUGUGUUCCGCAGGGGGCGCUGUGUUCCAGACCUGAGGUGGUGUCAUGUGUUUGUGUUCCGCAGGGGGCGCUGUGUUCCAGACCUGAGGUGGUGUCAUGUGUUUGUGUUCCGCAGGGGGCGCUGUGUUCCAGACCUGAGGUGGUGUCAUGUGUUUGUGUUCCGCAGGGGGCGCUGUGUUCCAGACCUGAGGUGGUGUCAUGUGUUUGUGUUCCGCAGGGGGCGCUGUGUUCCAGACCUGAGGUGGUGUCAUGUGUUUGUGUUCCGCAGGGGGCGCUGUGUUCCAGACCUGAGGUGGUGUCAUGUGUUUGUGUUCCGCAGGGGGCGCUGUGUUCCAGACCUGAGGUGGUGUCAUGUGUUUGUGUUCCGCAGGGGGCGCUGUGUUCCAGACCUGAGGUGGUGUCAUGUGUUUGUGUUCCGCAGGGGGCGCUGUGUUCCAGACCUGAGGUGGUGUCAUGUGUUUGUGUUCCGCAGGGGGCGCUGUGUUCCAGACCUGAGGUGGUGUCAUGUGUUUGUGUUCCGCAGGGGGCGCUGUGUUCCAGACCUGAGGUGGUGUCAUGUGUUUGUGUUCCGCAGGGGGCGCUGUGUUCCAGACCUGAGGUGGUGUCAUGUGUUUGUGUUCCGCAGGGGGCGCUGUGUUCCAGACCUGAGGUGGUGUCAUGUGUUUGUGUUCCGCAGGGGGCGCUGUGUUCCAGACCUGAGCGGAAGUCCGUUCGCAGCUUGUUACUGA